AUGACUAUGUCUGCAGCAUUAGUGACUAUUUCACAUGGGAGAGCAAUGGAGGGAGUGGUGGCAGUGGUGGUUUGGGAUGUUUCAAUCACUGAAUAUCAUGGAGCAAAAGUCAGUAAGGUGGAGGCUGGGCAGUCCAGAUACUUGAUAACAGCCACAAAUGCUGUGGCUUGGGGCCAUCAGCUAGGAUUGCCUUCAUCCUCCAUGCUGCCAAAUGCUGGCCCUUCCCAGCCAUUGCUCAGCAUGCUUGCACCAUCUUGGGACUCCCCACCACUUUCACCAGAGGUGCAGCCACCUGCUGCUGAUCAACAAUGGGAGGCAUGGCAAGCAAGUCAUUCCAUGCCAUCCUUGGCCACCAUUGCACCCAGCUGGGAUUUACCAACAUCUUCCCUGGCAGUCUCACCCCCACCUAGAUUGUUGCCAGCAUCUGCACAAAUUCCACAGACUGCACCAUCUCCCAUGGAGCAUGCAUGUAUGGAUGAGCAGUUAGAUGGUGUGGCAGCCUCCAAGCCACAGCCCAUCCUGGCUACAUCACAGCAACCAUCUCCAUGGCCUACAGCCACCAAUGCCACCACUGUGACUUGGGUAUACAAGGAAUUCAUGAUGAAGGGCCAAUUACAACAUAAAUAUAUUGGUGGAAUCAAGCAUCCAGUUUCACCUGUUGCUUGCAAGGAGAGCACAGCUGGCAAGGACUCAGCAAUAUAUACAAGAUUUGAUGACCAGUGA